CGUCAGUCCUGGACGUGAGAGUAUGAAUGAGCAUGCAAUGUUCCCUAACACGUCAAGCUUCAUUUCAGUAUCAUAAUUCAAUAGCUUGUAAUUACUUCACAUCAUACAACCCAGAGUCGUCUACACGCAUUUGAAUUGGUGUUAGUAGAGUCAAUUGAUGCCCAAUUGCUGCAAUUUUACAAAUCGUGAUCAACAAGGUUUAAAAUCUCUGACCAAACAGAAUCAGCAAUGGGGCAAUUUUUAAGGACUUUAGUGAAAGAAGCGAGGACUAUUGCUAUCUUGUGGAUCGUUGUAAGUUGCCUAGUUCAACUUGCAAAAUGUGCCCCGUUUCUUAAAGAAUCUCGAGGAGGCCUUUUUGCUCAACCUUUAAACGAUGACAUCAAUGUGGGUUCUAUUACCUCUGCAAAAGGAUUUGCAAGUGGCUUCGUCUCCUCGAUAUCCAUGAUCAUCGUCUCCGAGCUAGGAGACAAGACUUUCUUCAUAGCUGCGGUAAUGGCGAUGAAACAUCCAAGACUGGUCGUAUUUAGUGGAGCCAUAUCAGCACUGGCAUUGAUGACGAUUUUCUCGGCUUUGUUUGGUUAUGUUACGACUUUUAUACCCAGAGUUUACACCUACUACAUUUCGACAGCAUUAUUUGCCAUAUUUGGGUUAAAGAUGCUUUACGACGGAGCCUUAAUGUCAAAUGACGAAGGUGCUGAAGAACUUGAAGAGGUUCAUUUGACUCUACGCCAAAAGGAGGAAGAUGAAAAUACUCCGUUGACGUCAUCGUCUGAAGACACCUUGUCAUUGAUGAGCAGAACUAAAAUACGUUUGACUAUAAGGAGAAUUUUGUCCUCCUGCUUUUCUAAAGUAUACAUUCAAGCUCUGACAAUGACAUUUCUGGCCGAAUGGGGAGACAGGUCGCAGUUGGCGACUGUCGUGUUGGCUGCUCGUGAAAACAUAUUUGGAAUCUGUUUGGGUGGAAUAUUGGGUCACGCGUUUUGUACCGGACUUGCUGUAGUGGGAGGAAGGAUGAUAGCCCAAAGAAUCUCUGUAAAAACGGUUACAAUUAUUGGUGGAUUCGUUUUCCUGGGAUUUGCUGUCAUUUCAUUGUUUCUUGAUCCGAACAAUUGAUUUAUCAAGAUUUUGGAAUCGUUUUUUGGUAAGCAAUGCGUGGAGGCAAUGUUUUAGCAAUAAACAAUCUACAAAUAUGUAAUCUACAGAGUUAAUCACAAUAAGUACACAUCUCUCGGCUCUCCUGUGGAUGCAAGACCGAGUUUUCCUCUGUUUGACAAUGAUAAAUAAGUGACGUGUAAUCAAAUCGACUUGAUUUUACAGAAGCUGAUUGAUUAUACAACCUGAUGUCAAAUAGUGAGUAGAGUAUAACUAAUUUCAAAUUGUGUUUUACAAUGUCAGAGGUCAGAAAUAAAACGCAUUUAAUAUUUCCAA